GCUUCCUUGAGCACGCGCGCGACGCAUUAGUCGGGGAUUCUCAGCACGAGCGCUGCAUCGCUCUCGCUCUCUCUCGCACGCAGGCACGCACGCACGCACGCGCGCGCACGUUCUCUCGCGCGUGCAGUUCUCGCGCCUGUGUCGCGCUCCACGAAGUGCAGGUGUGAAGGGGAAGUUUCCACCGAGAACCACGUGACUGUGACACCUCCUCCUGAUCCACGGAAAGUUCUCUGAAGGGAGUAUGCCCCCAUUUCACCAUGUCGCUGCCGUCCUGUUGGCUACUCCGGCACUCCAUGGUCAUGUGCUUGCUGCUCCACAGCUUGGUCUUGAUGACGCUCUGCUUCCACCAUGCAGCCACCUCCUGUUCAAAGCGUUGCUAUUGCUCCGAGAGCGAGGGUCUGUCUGGGGGCAAGACCAUGCGCUGCAGCAACCUGCGCCUCACCGAGAUCCCACGGGACAUCCCCAAUGACACGCGGCGCCUCUACCUCGACUACAACCUGCUUACCAGUGUUCCUGCCAAUGCCUUUCAAGAUCUUCCUCUGCUGGCUGAACUCGAUCUGUCCCACAAUGAUCUGGCACUGCUCGAGCCUGGAGCUUUCCGGGGCCUGGCUGCAUCGUUGCUAUUCCUGGAUCUGUCCUCCAACCAGCUGGCGACACUGGACCCCGAGGCUUUCGAAGGGGUGAGGGCUCGAUCCAAUCUGACUGGUAAUCCCUGGCACUGUGACUGCCGGCUACAGAUGGCACUUCCACGUCUAGAUCUGGAGCCUGUGUCUCUCACCGGCAUUGUUUGCCAAACAUCAGAGCCUGAGGAUUCGGGUGCUCAAGGUGUGCCCUUUCUGCUGGCCAAAGACUUGGACCUAUGCGUGGUGCUUAAAAAGACCACAGACGUGGCCAUGCUGGUGACCAUGUUUGCAUGGUUCACCAUGGUCAUCUCCUACCUGGUCUACUAUGUGCGGCAUAACCAAGAAGAUGCCAGGCGCCACCUGGAGUAUCUCAAGUCUCUGCCCAGCAGGCAGGGUAAGUCUGAGGAGUCUUCCACCAUUAGCACUGUGGUUUGACAGCAGACCAUUGCUAAAGGGAGAAGGUUCUCAGGCAAGCAAAAGCCAACAGGCAUGCUCAGAGUCUAACUGGGUAGGGGGACCAGGAACUGGAUUAUUAGUAUGGAAAUAACAAGCUUGGUGGACUGCAGCAAACAUCAAAGUGGUGGAACAUCAAAGUAUUAACCAGCCUUUAGAAACAAAUACGGUGACUUAGCAGGCCAGAAACUUCCUGCCGCAAGACUUCCGUUUCAAGGCAAAAACCAACCGUCCUCGGGGAGCCUACAUGCCAGCAUAGCAAAAGAAUCGCAGGGGUCAUCUAAUCUUAUCCAGAUAAAUAAUUGAUCCAGGACCGGCCGGGCUCCAAGUCUGCACUGGCUGAGUGGUUUAUCUGCUCUUGAAGAAGGACAAGUUUUUACUUUCCUUUGCAUUACUCUAGUUAUUUUUUUAAAGGAUUCCCAUUUAUUUGCAGGAGCAUGUAGCAUAAAGAAAGCACUCUCUUCCAUUACGAUGUUUAGCUCUCCAGACUGCUUUCGGUUUUAAAUAACAGAGCCACGCAUAAGAUUCCAGAUAAAUGGUUAGUAAACGUCAGCUUCGGUCAGCUCUGAUGUGAACGUUUCGGUCACCAGCUGGUCCGGCAUUUCCGAUUCUUUCAGGGGAAAUUACCACAAGAGCAAAACACUGUAUUUUUUUAACAUUUAAUGACAAAAUAUACAUUACAUCGAUCACAUUAAAUGCAGUAUUUGAUUUUAUUGUUCACAGUCAUGGUCCUGGAAUUUCCUUGUUCUGAAUAUUCGGGUAUUUUUCCUGGUAUUAAUUUAAAUAAUUCAAACCAAACACUAACACUGUAUGUUUAUAUCCGAAGCCUGGAUCUCAUCUCGAAUGCCUCACAGCUCUAAUAUCCAAACCUGAUCUUGGGUUACAGUCAGAUUCUCUGGUUUCCUCCUUAUUCUUAAAAACAUACCUACAAGUGGAUUUGCUAUGAUAAACUGCAUUCAUUCUUGUCCAAUGCAUGAGUAAGUGUGUGUAUGUAUGUGUGUGUGUGUGUUCAUGCUGUCUUGUAAUGUACUAUGCCCAGUGUUCCCAGAAUAGGCGCCAGAGCUACAUCCAGCCUGACCAGGAUAAAGUGUUCCCUGAACAUGAACAAACAACUCGAGAUGCCAGUUAAUGUAGGCUAGGGUGCCAUGAGU